AUGGAAGACGUUCCAGUCUUCAGAGCUACGAAGCGUAGGAAGUUUGUACGACCCCAGCAAGGAUCAUCCGCGGAAUCCCCCGAGGCAGCGUCUCCUAAGGUGGUCGAUGUGCUGUCUCGCGGCGGGAAUGAGAGUCUGGGUGACGAUGACGAUGAAGACGAUGGCGGUGUUUCGAGUCUAUUGCGUGCACGGAAACACGUUCGAAAGGUUGUAUCCGGUGUUCAAUUUUCAAAUACGAAAGUCACGCAACAGUCCAGAGAAACCACGGGCAUGGAGGUUGUCAAAUCAGAUCAGGAUGUCGACAAGGCUAUAAACAUCACCAACCGUUUUGUCGGAAGCACAGGGCAGGUCGUCAACGUCGAUCAACAUAUGUUCGUGGCCCCCUAA